AUGUCAGAAAUCAAGCUCCAGUCCGGCAUAAUCAUGAAAGGCCCGGGCGAAGCACACGUCGUGAAUGACCUGUCCAUUCCAUCGCCAGGAAUUGGCGAGGUAUUAAUCCGAGUACAAGCAGUGUCUCUAAACCCAUCUGACUGGAUGGCACCGGACGGCCUUGGAAGACCUGGAGCUGGGAUGGGCUUCGACUUUGCCGGCACGGUAGUAGAAAUAGGUGAAAGCGCUCAGAACUGGAGAUCCGUGGGGGAUCGUGUGGCUGGAUUUGUUCAUGCAUGCCACGCCGCCAACUACUCAAUUGGGGCUUUCCGCGAAUAUUUGACUGCGGAUGCGGUCCUUUUGAUUCAUAUGCCGUCCGACUUGGAGUUCGUCGAAGCCUCGACAAUUGGUAUGGGUAUUAGCACGGCGGCACAGCAACUCUAUCAGAAUCUGCCACUGCCCGUCCCCUGUAACACAUCGGUUCACACAGACCAAACUAUUCUGAUAUACGGCGGGAGCACCGCAACUGGAAGUCUGGCGAUCCAGCUGGCCAAGCUAUCCGGGUUCAAAGUGAUAACAACCUGCUCCGAAAAGAACAUCCCCUGGCUCCGCUCCCUAGGCGCAGACCAAGUAAUCGACUACAACCACGUCGACGCAAUCCGGCAAGUCCGCCGCCACAUUGAAGAUUGCGGUUUAUCGGUAAUUCUAGACUGUAUCUCCACAGACAGAGCCGCCGCCUUCUGCUACCAGUGCUUCGCGCCCCCGCUACGCGCCGGGCAAGAAAACGCUCCCUGGACUUUCUACUAUGCCUCUCUGAUGCCGGUGAAGAAUCUCCCGCCGCCUCCGAGAAUGAUCCCCGAGACAGCUGUCGUUCGUGCGGAGUGGAGUAUGGUUUAUACUUGCUUUGGGAGACGGUUUACAAUCGUUAAUGAGGAGUACGGUCUGAAUCGGACUUGGGAGCCAUCGGCUGUGGAUAGGGAGUUUAUGGCGUAUUUUUAUCGGUGUGUGGAGCAGAUGAUCCCGUUGGGGAAGAUUCGGCUGAUGCCUGUGGAGGUGAGAAAUGGGGGUCUUGAGGGUAUUCUGGAAGGUGUUGACCUUGUUCGGAAUGGUCGUGCACUUGGGAAGAAAUUAGUUUAUGUGCUUUGA